AUGACGGCCUUCGAAGAUACACCCGUUAUCCGGGCCCCAAGCCUGUCCUCCGACAAGCUUCCUCACUUGCGCCGCUCUGAGAACGGCAAUACAAAUCUCAUUGUCAACGGCAAACCCUUCCUCAUGCUCGCUGGCGAGCUUGGAAACUCUGCACUCAGUUCGGCCCGCUACAUGUCAGAGGUGUGGCCCGCCAUGAGGGCGCAGUCUAUCAACACCCUCCUUGGCUCUGUGGCGUGGGAAGACAUCGAGCCUCGCGAGGGCCACUUCGACUUCUCCGAGCUUGAUCGGGUCCUAGCUGGCGCCCGCGAGCACAACAUGCACCUCGUCUUGCUAUGGUUCGGUACCUACAAGAACGGUAUCUCUACGUAUGCACCGUCAUGGGUCAAGCGCGAUGUUAAGCGUUUCCCCCGUGUUCAGAUUCUUCAGGCUGGCGGCGUGAAGAAGACGAUCGAAAUGGUGUCGCCCUUCAGCGAAGAGGCUUGUGCGGCGGACUGCCGCGCCUUUUCAGAGCUCAUGCGUCACCUUGCCCAGGUCGACGCUGAGCACAACACAGUCCUCAUGGUCCAGGUUGAGAACGAGACGGGUCUCCUGGGUGAUUCGCGCGACCGUUCGCAUCGCGCAAACGCGGCUUUCGAGAAGCCUGUCCCGGAGUCGCUGCUGAAGCACCUCUCGACCGUUGAUACCCAUCCGACCUUCAAGGCCCGUUACAGCAAUAUUCCCUCAUCGGGCGAUCACUCGUGCUGGACACGCGGGACUUUCCCAUCGUCGUCGGUGGAGGCGCCGCGCCGGGGAGACUACCCGUCCGGCGGGCCUUGCCCCCACGUCCUCGACAUCUGGCGCCACAACACCCCAGCGCUCGAUUUCCUGGCGCCGGACCUCUACUUCCACCACUACGAGUCCGUGUGCAAGGACUACACGCAGCAGGGCAACCCGCUUUUCAUCCCCGAGCAGCGCCGCGACGCCAACGGCGCGCGCAGGUCCUGGCUCGCGUUUGCGACCUACGGCGCCCUCGGCACCGGCCCGUUCGGCAUCGACACGGGCGCCGAGGCAUUCGGCCGCGAGUACAAGCUUCUGGCGCAGACGCAGGAGCACCUCCUCGCCGCGGGGCCGGCCGACCGCUUCGGCUUCUUCUUCGACGAAGAGCCGUCGCCCGGCAGCACGGAGCGGUGGACCAAGGUCAUUGGCGAUUUUGAGGUCAUCGUAGAGCGGUGCUUUGUCUUCGGUAAGCAGAGCUCCGGCGCCGGCAUGGUUAUUCACAAGGGCAAAGGCAAGUUCCUCGCCGUCGGACGAGGCUUCCACGUCUACUUCAAGAGCGUGAGGCCCGAGGCGACGUUCACCGGCAUCCUGCGUGCCGAGGAGAAGGAGGUCACAGAGACGGGCGAGCUGAGGACACUGAGAGUGUUCAAUGGUGAUGAGACAAGGAGCGGUGAAUUCCUCAUGAUGCCGAAUGACGACCCUGACUAUGGCGGUUUCCCUAUCGCGGUGACGAUUCCUGCGCGGACGUGCAUUGCCGAGCUGGAAGCUUACUGGAUUGCCGAGGCUGAAGAGGACAGGUAA